GGUUUUUCAAGUGAGGGUCGCUCGUCCUUGGAGCAAGUGCGCGUGCGCCGCCUCCGUCAGCCUAGGUCCUGAACAUGGCGGCGCGUGCCUUGUGGGCGGUCCGGCAGCCGGUGCAGCGCCUCUUGGCCUCGAGUGCAGCGUCCGAUGGCAGGGGAUGUCUGCAUUCUUUCAGCACUGCCACGCAGAGAACUGCUGGUGAGGAUUGCGGUUCUGAGGACCCUCCUGACGAGCUUGGGCCCUCUCUUGCAGAAAGAGCCUUAAAGCUAAAAGCUGUUAAGCUAGAGAAGGAAGUCCAGGACUUAACAGUGAGAUACCAGAGAGCUGUAGCUGAUGGUGAAAACAUAAGAAGGCGAACCCAGAGAUGUGUAGAAGACGCUAAGAUAUUUGGAAUUCAGAGUUUCUGUAAGGACUUGGUAGAGGUGGCAGACAUUUUGGAGAAGACUACAGAAUGCAUUUCUGAAGAGACAGAGCCUGGGGACCAGAAACUCACUCUGGAGAAGAUCUUCCGAGGGUUGUCACUUUUAGAAGCAAAGCUGAAAAGUGUGUUUGCCAAGCAUGGCCUAGAGAAGAUGACACCCAUUGGUGACAAAUAUGACCCCCACGAGCAUGAACUCAUCUGUCACGUGCCAGCCGAUGUUGGGGUGCAGCCUGGCACCGUGGCAUUAGUAAGGCAAGAUGGUUACAAGCUUCAUGGCCGCACCAUUAGACUUGCCCAGGUGGAAGUGGCAGUGGAAUCUCAGAGAAGACUGUGAAUGGGCCAUGAGGAACUGAAUGUUCUUCCGGAGUGCAGUCACCUGUGUUUUCUUUAUUUAUUAAACUAGGUUUAUAUUGUACAUGAGGUACUUCAUGUGACCUGUUUUGGAUUUAGUCAUAUUGGCUUUAUUUCUCAGAUACUCUAUUGAUUUAAUGUGACCUGUUUGGUCUCAUCAAAAGUCUUGCCAUUGGGCAUUUGAACAAUGUGACAAGUGUUCCUAUGGCCUUUAUCAAACUACGUUUAAGAAAAUUAUUUUUAAAUUAGUAUUCUGAUGACUUUCAAUCCAAAAUCUUUUUAAAAGUAUAUGUUUAUGUAUUUUCAACUAAUUGUUCCUUUCGAAUAGUCUAUAACAGGAAUUGUAUAGGAUCUUGUGUUUUGUGGGGAAAGGGGUUGGUUCAACAUUUGGGUGCUUAGAUGACAAAGCUUUAUAACUAUGAAUUUAGAUCAUUUGGGUUGAUUUUUUUUUUUUUUUAGGUUGAUUUUUAUAUACACAGAUUUUUCAGGACUUUGCCUUUUUAUUUUAUUUUCCAUAUAGCAAUUUUUUUUGUCCUUUUAGUCCCUGCCAGGUAGAUUUCAUAUUCAUACUCAAUGUCCUAUUCCAGUUCCCAUUUAUGAGGGCUGAAGGCCCAGGUAAGACUUGGGAGGCAGGGAAUAUCGAGAAAUUUGAGAUACCCAAGUCCCUUUUAAGUAAGGAUGGCCUAGAAACCACGUGCUUUCUUUGCUGAGUUGUCUUCAACUUAUUUUCAGCCUCCUAGGUAUAUAAUCAUUUCAGGGAAACUGAGGCAGCUAAUGACCCAAAUUGGUCUAUAUAGGUGAUUUACCUACAACUUCUCUUUCUACCAGCCCUGAAGUUCUCUGCCACUUUGUCAAAUUUGCCUUCUGUUCCUUUGUUAGAUUAUGGGGGGAUAUGGUCUGGACAAAAAAAAAGGUGUUAAGUUCCCAUGAUUUCUCAUUUCAUUAAGUUGAAUUUUUUUUUCUUUAAUUGGAACUCACAAAUCACUACCUCUGUUACAUUGAAAAGCUUUGUUUCCUAGUUUUUAUAUCUGUCUUAAUAUCACGUGUGUAAACAUCUCACUCCCCUUUUAUGUAUUGACGACCUAGAGAUAAUGAGCCUAUAUGUUUAUUUUUUAUUCUUUCAGUCUUAUUUCUUAUAGCUGGUGUUCUAUAAAAGAUUUGUUCAAUAAAUGAGUUAGUGAAUGAAUGAUGCAUCAGACUUCAGAAAGUAGGUCACUGACGGCUAUUUUAAUGUUAGAAGAGGCCUUAGGGCCUAAUGAUGGUUUAAUCUCACCCGUUCUGCUGCUUCUGAAGUAUGAAAACAGUCUUUUUAGAAUUGAACUCAAAGAAAAAAAAAAUCUCUAAAACUAGUGAACUAAAUUUCAGUGAGAACUUGAGUAAGGAACAACUAGAUAUUAACUUCAAUCAAUUAAGACUGAGCAAUACUUUAAGGAACAUACAAAGAUGUCCCCGGCAGACAAUUAAAUGUUAGCUGUCCAGAUCGCAUCAGUCUAGGUUUAAGUUAGUUACUCAUAAGUCCAUUUCUACUGGAACUCUGUCACCCUUUCAGUGGAAUGCUAAAAGUUAUUCUCUUAGACAUUGUAUAUAAUUCUGAGACACUACACAGAUCUAUAUCAAUAAAGCCAUCCCCCAAUGGGCCCUACCACCUCCACCAAAUGUAGACGCUUAAAAAACAUAUAUAUAUACAUGCUUUUCAAAUGCAAACAAAACACUGGUAAGAUUUUUAAACCAGAACCUCUUUUGUCAUUCCACUAAGUGCAUACUGUAAGUUUCAUGAGCAGAUUUCACAAUAGGAAUUUGUCUUUUGUUGCCUGGAUUACUUCGAGAUUGACAGAUGGUGACAACGAGAAAAUGAGCCAGUUCUAAUUACCCAUGUGUUCUUGGAUUACUAGCUGUCAUUACCAGUGUAUUAGAAUAACCAUAAUUUUACAUAUGGAAUGUUCUGAUUACUUUUAAGUUUUCCAAUAUUCCUUGCAACCUCCUGUUUUAGCAAAUAGAUUGAGAAUAAUUUUAGGUUAUUUUAUUCAGUAGUUUUGAAGACUUAAAAGUGUAAAUUUAGAGGAUGGAGCUAUAACAAUCUCAAAAAGGUGAAGGGCUUUGGGGAGUUAGAGCAGCAUAAUAGAGCAUAAGCUUGGUAGGCAGAAACUUGAACAUGAAUCCUAGCUCAGUCACCUGUGUAACCUUGGGUCCCAGUCAUUUCACCCUUCUGAACCUGCUUCCUUGUUUGUAAAAUGGUUAUAAUUCUCUCACAAUAUUGUGAGAAUUAAAUGAAAUGUGUAAAUUGCCUAUUACAUUAGGCCCUCCAAUAUUUUUGUUGCUUUUUAUUAUACAUGUUGUUUUUCCUAUGUUUUUAUAGCUGCCUAAAGUCUAGGAAAAGGGGAAGACUGGUUAAGAGAUGCUUAACUAUUAAAACUUAAAAGCUAAUCAGAGUUACUUAUUUUCCUUCCAGUUUCUGGUAGUUUGGGUGUUGUUUUUUAAACCAUACACAAGGAAUACACAUUUUUAGACUGAAAGAGCAAGAAAAUUGUGUCAGUGCUCUGAAUUUUCAUCUUGAUGGUAAAAUGAAAAGACAUUGGCUUGCAGAGGAUAUGUAAGGAAGGUUUGCCUCACUUGAAGAGGGGAUCUUGGUGUUUUAGUACUUGGAUUCUACAAAUCUUAUGGAUUUUCCUCACUGCCAUAAAGGAAUCAGUAGGUAAUUUAUUUGGUGCUUUCGUGGCAAAGGAUUUGAUAAGUGAAUAAGGGUUCUUAAACACUAAAGCAAAAUCAAAUAAGGAAAACUAAAGAAGAUAUAUGAUAUUCAGAAAUAACUUAAUAAAACCCCACUUGAAA